AUGUAUUAUUGUAGGACUUCACCAUUACUUACCACACGAUUUUUUAGAAAUUAUCAAGUUUUAAAUAAUUUGACUAAGCAUUCUAUUAACAAACGACGUGAUUUUGGACAAUAUUAUACAUUAAAUAACGAAAUCCCAAUAAGAGGUCAAGCUUUAAUUCCAUUUGUUGUUGAACAAACGACAAGAGGAGAGCGUUCUUAUGAUAUUUUUUCCAGACUUUUAAAAGAAAGGAUUGUUUGCUUGAAUGGUCAUGUAGAAGAUAGUGUAGCAGCAGUGAUAGUUGCUCAAUUGUUAUUCCUCGAAGCAGAAAAUCCUGAUAAACCUAUAAGUUUAUACAUUAAUAGUCCCGGUGGAAGUGUAACAGCUGGAAUGGCAAUUUAUGAUACCAUGCAGUAUAUUAAAUCACCAGUAUCCACUCUUUGUAAUGGUCAAGCAUGUUCAAUGGGAUCAUUACUUCUAGCAGCAGGCGAGCCGGGUAAACGAUACUCAUUGCCAAAUUCAUCUAUAAUGAUGCAUCAACCCAUUGGUGGCACAUCUGGUCAAGCAACUGAUAUUGCUAUUCAUGCAAAAGAAAUCUUAAGAGUACGUGAAAAAUUAAAUAAUAUUUAUAAAAAACAUACAAAAAAACAUUCAUUGGAAGAAAUUGAAAAGGCAGUUGAAAGAGACUAUUUUAUGACUGCAGAAGAAGCAUUGGGAUUUGGUUUGAUUGAUAAAAUUUUAGAGAAAAGAGAAGUCAAAGACGAUAAAAAAAUUAAAGAUUGA